AUGUCAGACGCAGACUCUCCCAAAGCAAGCUCGACAGAACCUCCCGAGACGACGCCGAGCUCUCCACCUUCAAUCAAUCGAGAAGAGUUGAUGUCUAGAGCCCGUUCUUUCCUUCAUUCUCCUCAAAUACAACACGAGGAUGCCAAUUCGAAGCAUAGAUUUCUUGCUGAGAAGGGCUUGACGGACUCCGAGAUAGAUGUUCUUUUGCGCGAACUUCCCCAACAAGCACCCGUAAUUCCUCCUCGAACAUACCCGCAGCCCCCUCCGUCUAAUUUGCCUAAUCUCUUGCUUGGCAUCUGCCGCCUCUUCUCCUGGUUAGCGGGAGGCUCCGCUGCGCUCAUCUUCAUCUACUACCGCUUCCUACUACCCCGUAUCACACAAUCCUUCAUGGCUCGGCAAUCUCUCAAGGCACAUCAUCUUUCGCUACUUAGAAAUCUGACAACAUCCCUCGCUGGUCUCAAGGAAACCCAGUCCGAGUCCUUGUCCGUCCUCCCUCGGCUUUCACUAUACCGGGAACCGGCAAGCUUUGCUGCAUGUCACUCAGUUACCGAAGUCUUGGCGACAAUGGGAGAAAAAAGUCCUAGUUUCAGAGAUAUUCCCUCUGUGACUCUUUUACGUUGUGCUAUUGAAGACUUAAAUAAUGACGGAAGGAUUGACGAAACGACGACAGAGGCAAUUUUCCGAUAUCUACAGGAACGGACUCCUCAGUUGUUCGCGGAAGAGCGUUUAGGGUUCGAGCGGGAACUUUGGGAAACUCUCUCCACUUGCCCGCUAUUUAGCAGAAUUCCUGUUCAAUCGUCACGCUCAGUUUCCCCGCAGGAGAAUGAGGGUGUCGAAGCAACGAUUCGGUGGACGUACACGCCCCCGAAACCCACAGACCCGUCCCCUCUCCUCAAGUCUCUUGACGGAUUGGCAUCCUCCCUACCCGGAGGCGUCAAGUUGCGAACGAGCGCGUUCCAGCACACCCUCGAGUCUGUUUCUGACUUGACAGGAUACCUCAGCACUCAAGUAUAUCUUCCGUAUCGUCCACCACCAGGUAUGGGUCUCCACAAUAGCGGGAAUUUGAGCCCUGCGGAAGAGGACCUUAGAAGAGAGAUUCGUGCACUCAAAGGCUUAGUACUUAAUAGGCGGUCGUUUAUGCCAUCUAUUCCCAGACCUACAUCGCAGAAUAUUAGUUGA